AUGGCUGUUGGCCCUCGCGUGUCCAAGGAGGACUUUAUGCAUGCGUUGGGUCUCGAUGCGAAUAACCCUCAACAUGAACCUUUUUAUCGAGCAAUGAGAGAUGAAGCCAUUGUUGUGUACAACAUAUUGAACCAGGACAAUUCAAACCUACUUGAAAACCUGAGAAACGACCCUUCAAUCCGACCACCGUUUUUUUGGCACCACAUCCGACCAGAGAGACAACGAUGGGGAAUUCUAGAAAUUUGGCGAAACUCCAAACCGGUCACACGAGCGUGGUUCGACCGCGGUAUUACAGACGGAGAAUAUGGGCCCAACUGGGUAACAGGGUGGCUGUUGUACAGCGUGUUCCGUUCUCGAGACGUCAGGGACAGCCGAAGAAUGGCCGAAGUGCUACCACUGGCAGUGAAAGACAAAAUGGGGGAUAUUAUGACCCCGUCCGGAACGGCACGCACUGAUGCGUGGCAUUGGGCAAGAUCUACCGUUGAUGAAGCACAUAUCUUCCGAGCUUUUGGACAAGAGCUGGUGAUGUAA